UGUAGAAAGAAAGUUAUUUUAAUUUUCCUAUUAAUCCAAGACAUCUUUAAAUAAAAUAAUUUUUUUUUAAAAGGAUCAUAAAGCUAGAAAUGGCUGAGAAAAAGGCUGAAAAGAAGCCAGCUGGCGAUGCAUCUGCGAAGGUGCACAAACCAGGAAAACCUAGAAACUAUGAUUUAGGAAAUGGAGUACUUAGGUUUUCCAGAACUAAAAUGUUUCACAAAAAAGCUUUGUACAAAUUUGUUGGAAAGAAAGUAGAGGCUAAAAAGAAGCCUCAAAAACCUCAGGUGAUCGAAAAACCAAUAGGCGGAGAGAAAAAUGGAGGAAAACGUUUUGUUUUGGUGAAAAAACGUAGGGCCUAUUAUCCAACACAAGACAGAAUUAAAGCAAGGCCAGCAAGAAAGUGUUUCAGUCAACACAAACGUUCUAUAAGAAGUAGCAUUACUCCAGGAACAGUUCUUAUUCUUCUGGCUGGAUCACACAAAGGAAAGAGGGUUGUUUUCCUUAAACAAUUGUAUUCUGGUCUUCUCUUAGUAACUGGUCCAUUUGGAAUCAAUGCCUGUCCUUUAAGACGCAUUAGCCAACGUUAUGUCAUUGCCACAUCUACCAAAAUUGAUGUCAGUGGAGUUGAACUUCCUAAAAAUCUUAACGAUGAAUAUUUUGCUAGAAAAAGGCAAAAGAGGGCCAAGAAAACUGAAGGAGAUAUUUUCCAAACUAAGAAAGAGAGUUACAAAGUAAGCGAAGAAAGAAAAGCUGAUCAAAAGAAAGUUGAUGCACAAGUUAUGGCUGCGAUUAAAAAACAUCCCGACCAUAAAGUACUGUUACCUUACUUGUCGGCUAUGUGGGGUCUUAGAUCAUCGCAAUACCCUCAUAGAAUGAAGUUUUAGAUAAGAUUAUUAAAAAAACUUUUUAUUUAUCAUUUGACUUUGUAAAAACGAUGAAUAAAUUGGAGAUUUAUAA